AAUUCUAUCUCCCAUGCCGAAGGUAAAUACGAUUCGGGCCAUCGUUCCGCCAUGGCCAGCCGCGCAAUUGUUGCCGCGCCGAACCUAUCGAACCAAAAGGACCACCGCCUCCGGUCGGAAGGAUUUGGUGUCCAGAUGCAUAUUCCACCUUUGGCAUCCCUGGAGGACUCGAUUACGGAAGGAGAUGCAGCUCUCCAGACAAUUUCCAUAGAAUAA